UAGAGUUCAAUAAGCGCCAAAAACACAUAUUACACCACCCUACCACCGCCACCACCACCAGUUUCUCUCUCUAAAACGCCUCACUUUCUCUCUCUAAAAAUUUUCAGAAGUGAAAAAAGUUUUUCCGAUCAGUUGUAAUACUUCACUGAUUGAAGCUAUUCAAUGGGAUGUGACAAAGCUGAGAACCUGCCAAACCCUACCUCAGUUCACGCUGUUGGCGAUGAUCUUUCCCUCAGCAUCAGACAAAGUGUAGCUGCUGAUUAUAACGGUGUGAUCCAAGGUGGGUUCAGUUCAGGGGCUAAUGUCACAUCCUUCCCUUUUGUGUCGUCCCAAGGUGGGUUGAGUUCAGGGGCUAAUGUCACAUCCUUCCCCUUUGUAUCUUCCGAUGGUGGGUUCACUUCAGGGGCUAAUGCCACAUCUUUCCCUUUUGUAUCUUCUCCUGCGGUCCAUCCUCUUCCAGGAAAUGUUAAUGAGAUGAACAACUUUGAGAUGGUCGAUUUGAUGAAUCUCAAUACCUUGCAUCAUCACCAUCUUGAACCGAAGUUGAUGAAUGUCAGAAAUAUUUCAUCCUUUUCGAGUCCAUUAGAAAUGCCACAUUGCAUGGAAAAUAGUGCAAACACAAACCAUUCAAAUAUGAAUAACAACACGCCGACCUCAGAUAGUCUUGUGAGUGAAGGUGUCUUGUCCAAGGGAAUCCAGAAUCUUGGGUCCAGCAUGAAUUUUAUGCCUAUGCAAAGCAGUGGAGCUGGAUGUUUUGAGAAGGCUGAGAAAGCAACAGGUAUUAGUCAAAAUAGCUUCCAGGCAAGUGGAAGUCCUUUUGGCAUAGGGUAUAACAUGCAGAAUACUAACAGCAUUGUCGGAAGCGGAGUUCAUAUAGAUGCCAAGGGCAAUUCUGUUCCUUUUCAUUCAGCAGGAGACAUUGAUGGUAGUUUUCUGACCCUUGGGAUAGGAAGUAAUAUAAAGGAUAGAUCAAACCUUAGAUUCAGCGGCAAAGAGGUUAGCAACAAACUGGAGGAAGCUGGUUUACCACAAAGUAACAAGUCUCCUGGACAACAAGUGAGAAGAAAUUUCCCAAGUGUAAUUCAUGGUGUUUCUGGUGGUAUUACUAAUUUCCAGCAUGAUAUGGGUGGUUUGCCUAAUUCAGCCAGGAAUUCGGGUGUGCUUGCUCCAGGCUCUAGAAUCAGUGCACCUCCGUUUAUGUAUGUAACACCAGAUGCACGUCUCAACUCAUCUAACACCAGAAAUUCAGGUGCUGUUGGUAAAGCUGAUCUAAGACUCGCUGAACCUGAUCCUCUCAAGUACGUCCAAGGUGGUGUGCCUCCUCCUCCAUUGCCAUUUAGCAGCAAUUCAACUUUACCCCCUUAUCUUGGAUUUGGUAGAAUGGCAGCAGCUCCGGAAUCUGCUCACGCAGCUCAAUCAACUAUUAAUCUGCAGAACAACCUGUACGCAAACAUUUCCAGAAAUCAAUCUUUCAUGGGAUCUCCUAUUCUCACUCAUGGUGGCGGCAACAGAGUGAGGCAAGACCAUUUAGGUCAGCAAUCUUUUGUUAAUGUUCCCUAUCCUUGGGGGAAUAACCUAUUUCCUGAAGGAAUGGGGGCUCAAAUUGCUGGAUGGAGUGGCAUCCAACCUGCCCCUGGCAAUCAAUUUCCUAAGAGGCUAGGUGUCCAGCUUAAUGACGGGGCUAUUUCUCAAGCUACUCGAGAAGGUGUUCUUCCUGGGAUGGGUGGCAUCCAGCAAAUUGGAAGGGGUAACUCGUAUCAGUCUCAAGAUUAUGGACCUAAAAUGCAACCCACUGAACUUUCUCACCCCCCUUUUGCUAUGGGUCGUCCUCAGGGUGGUUCACCAGCAAAGUUUAAUGUUAGUGGAUUCCCGUAUCAUGCUGGUCAAGGCAUUCCAAUUUCAAAGGCUGAUGGGACCCCUCAGGCUUCAUAUAUUCCUGGCCACACUUCCGUUAAAAGAAAAGCAAGUAGAGCCCCUCCAACUCCUCCAACGUGCCAGCGAAGGAGAACAUUGACUCAACAUAGCAAUCAACAGCUGAUAGCACAGCAAAGGCAGAUCACUAAUUCUCCAGUUCCUGCAUCUUCUCCUUCUCUUCCUUCUUCCCUUGUAAAACGGCAAGCAGGAUUGGAGGAACUACCUCAACCCGUUGGAGUGAAGUGCCAUUUAUGCAAGAGGGAUGUGGCGUUCAAUCCUGAAGGCCCUAUUUCUCGGCCUGCUGCUCCACCACCUGUUGCUGUUCUUCCCUGUGGGCAUGCAUUUCAUGAUCACUGCCUGGAGCUUAUCACACCGAAAGAACAGUCAAAAGAACCUCCCUGCAUACCUUGCGCUUUAGGUGAAACAUAAUGCGAUCGUUUCAUCAAUUGUUUUGGAAGGGAGGGGGCUUAAAUUUUGUAAUUCUUUGGCACUGUGAACGAGAAUGAAAGGGCCCCCAACCCUUUUUUGUAAAGGAUUAGGGUAUAGUUCGUGGAACUGUACAUAUAGGAGGUGGGGUGACAAAUAGGGGCCCCAACCCAUUGGUAGAGGUUAUAUCCCCCUUAUGUAAAGUCACAUAGAAACCCAGCAUUUUGGUCCCCUGUGAAUGAUAUUAAACUGGAGCUUAAAUUUUACAGCUGAUAUUCUGAACAAUGACUGAUGACAAUUGGGUUCUAAUUCUAUAAUAGGAGGGUAUUUGAUGA